AUGGCCAGAUCUAUUCAUGUCUUCUUUCUGAUAUUGCUGCUACAUGUUCUUGAAUCAGCCUUGGCCAAUAAACUUUCUUCAUUGAGCCUUGCUGAUGAGUGCUCUCUGUUAUUCCAAUUAAAACAGAGCAUGACUAUUAACAAGUCUGGAUCCUAUGAUCCUCGUGCUUAUCCAAAGGUUGCUUCAUGGAACCUUAACGGAUCAGAUGGUGCGGGAAAUUGCUGCUUGUGGGAUGGGGUUGAGUGCAGGUUCGGUCAUGUGAUCGGGCUCGACUUGAGCAGCAGCUUUCUCUAUGGCACCAUCUCUUCCAACAACAGUCUCUUCGACCUCAUUCACCUUCGUACACUAAACCUUGCUGAUAACAAUUUCCAUUCCUCUCAGAUUCCUUCUGGAAUAGGUAGACUCUCGCAGUUAGCAAAUCUUAAUCUGUCAUCUUCUUUUUUCAGUGGGAAAGUCCCAAAACAAAUCUCACACCUCAGGAAUUUGGUUUCCUUGGAUCUAACAGGAAACUUGUACAUUGUAUAUAACCUGUAUCAGUUAGAACUGCAAAGUUCCGACUUCCAAAAUCUAGUUCAAAAUUCAAGUGAGACUCUAAGAGAACUCUUUCUCUCAAGGGUCAACAUUGAUUCCGAGCUACCAGCUUCAAUCGGAAAUCUCACACACUUGAACAUCUUGGAUUUAAGUUGGUGCGGUUUCACGGGGACUUUACCUGCAUCUGUAAGCAACCUGACACAACUUACAUUUCUGGAUCUUUCUGUUAAUCAAGAGUUGCUAAUACCUAUUCCACAUUUGGCCAGCCUAUCAAAACUCAAAUAUUUAAAACUCGGAGAUGCUAUAUUUGAUAGAAAUAAUAGUUGUGACUGGCUUGGUAAGUUUCCAAACCUCUUUUAUUUAGACCUUUCGUACACUAGUCUAAAUUGUGAGAUUCCAUCAUCUAUUGGAAACCAGACACAACUUAGAGAACUUUACCUCAGGAGUAUUGGCAUGAUUGGUCAAAUACCGUCAUCAUUUACGAAUCUAACACACCUUACUGCCCUGGAUCUUUCUGAGAAUAUGUUAACAAGUAGUCUUCCCUCUUUAGAAAGCUUUUCAAACCUCACAUCUUUGUCCCUCUCCUACAAUAAUUUUGAUAGAUGGAAGCUGCCUGAUUGGUUUGGUAAGCUAAACAAGAUCACUUAUUUUGGUAUUUCUGAUGCCAACCUGUAUGGUGAAAUUCCAUCGUCUUUUUUCAAUCUGACUCAAGUUGAAGAGUUAUACCUGUAUGGAAACAACCUCACAGUGGACUUUAAUCUUAUUUUUUCUCUUAGGAAACUUAAAUAUUUGGAUCUAAGUGGAAACAAUAUCACACUUUCAGUCAUAGAUAGCCACAGAAAUGAAACUCAACCCAAGUUCAAAUAUAUAUCGUUGGCAUCCUGUAACUUGAAAGUCUUUCCUGAAUUUCUACGGUUUCAAAAUCAAUUGGAGCAUUUGUACCUUGAUAACAAUAAUAUGGAGGGCCUGGUACCUGGAUGGAUGUGGAACAUUAGCAAGGAUACACUGCUUGAACUUACACUUAUUAAUAAUCUCCUAAUGGGUUUUGAGCAGCAUUCACCACUUGAUUCUUGGGUUAGUUUACAAUUACUAGACCUGAGUAACAAUAUGCUGCAUGAAUCAAUCCCAGUGCCACCACCAACCAUCGAGUUCUUUUCUGUGUCAAACAAUAACCUGACGGGAGAAAUUCCACCAUCGAUAUGUGACUUGACGUCUCUCCAUUUGCUUGAUUUGUCAUUCAACAACAUUACUGGCUCGAUUCCACCAUGCUUGGAGAAAUUAAGCAAUUCAAGUUUGACAGUGUUGAAUCUUAGAAGCAACAUUUUGCAAGGAACAAUUCCCAAUAUAUUUAGUACUGAAAGCAAGCUUGAGAUGAUUGAUUUGAGUGAAAAUAAAUUGGAGGGUCAGGUUCCUAGAUCAUUGGAGAACUGUGACUCACUCCGGUUGCUAGAUCUUGGAUAUAACUUUCUAGAAGACAUGUUUCCUGUCUGGUUGGGAGCACUUUCAGAGCUACAGGUUCUUAUUCUAAAGUUUAACAAUUUUCAUGGCAUUAUAAGAAUGCCAGCUCGUAUCAAAGUUAACUUCCCAAAAUUGCACAUUAUUGACCUCUCAUAUAAUUCAUUUUCUGGUGAUCUGCCACAUCAGUAUUUCCAAGAGUGGUCAACAAUGAAGGAGACCAAGGCAAACACAACAUAUAUGGAAACAUAUAUUGAGGAUGAUAGUAUCUUUAAGACUUAUUGGUUCUCAAUUCACAUGACUAACAAAGGUGAAAAGAUGGACUACAAAAAAAUUAUGAACACCUUUUCUGCAGUUGAUCUCUCAAGUAACAUGUUUAGAGGAAAGAUUCCAGAGUCAAUUAAAACCCUCAGUGGUAUUCUGUUGCUCAACCUUUCUAAUAAUGAACUUUCCGGCGCCAUCCCACCAUCCAUGGGAAAUCUCAUACGCCUUGAAGCACUGGAUAUUUCUGGUAACAAGCUCUCUGGAAUGAUACCUCAAGACCUGGUACAACUGAAUUUCCUUGCAUUCUUAAAUGUUUCCAACAACAAUCUCACUGGACCCAUACCACAAGGUAAACAAUUCAAUACCUUUUCGAACGAUUCUUACAUGGGAAAUGCAUUGUGUGGAUUCCCUUUAUCCAUGAAAUGUGGGGAUUCAGAAGCAUCAAAGCCUCCAAAAGUUUCAUUCGAAGAAGAUACCGAGUCUUACUUUCCAAAUGGAAGUGAUUGGGUUGUGAUACUUAUUGGUGCUGUGACUGGGCUAGUGAUUGGACUCGUUUGUGGGGAUUAUCUAAGCACAAAGUAUUACAGGUGGUUUUCUCAAAGAUCCAGAAGGUGA